UGUGAGAAAAGAAGCCAUGAUGGGUCUUGCUCAACUAUACAAGAAGUAUUGUCUGCAUGCAGAAGCUGGCAAGGAAGUUGGAGAAAAAGUGAGCUGGAUAAAGGAUAAACUUCUGCACAUAUACUACCAAAAUAGCAUAGAUGACAAACUGCUUGUAGAAAAAAUCUUUGCACAGUACCUUGUCCCCCAUAAUCUGGAAACUGAAGAAAGGAUGAAGUGUCUCUACUAUCUGUAUGCUAGCUUGGAUCCUAAUGCAGUAAAGUAAGUAUAAAGUAAAACAUUUUGAACAGUAUAAUCAAAUAAUUAUAAAGUGACAGUUUUUUUUUUUUGUACAUGGGUAGAUUAAGUCAUUUUAACCCUGUCAUAGUUAGAAAAAACUUUAGAGUCAUGACAUAAUCCCCCUUCAGCUCAACAUGCCGCAAACAAUGUUGCAGCAUUUUUAUGUCCUUUCCCCCUGCGUGGUUCCCCUUAGAGUACAGUGCUGGUCAGAGGGAUGUGUUUGGGGUAUGGUUUAGGAUACAAUGGUUUACCUCAUGG